CGCGACGAAUUAUCACAACCUUUGACCUUUCUCCCGCCAACCAGGCUUGACCAGCCUCACCCAGUAUCGCAGCUACCUACGAGGCCGACUCGUCGAAACCUCUUAUCCUUUCGAGUAUUGCGGAACCGUAAAUAGAGACAUGAUGGCCCGCACACGGAGGGGCGUCAAGUUCCCUCACAAGGCCAAUGGUCACGGUGAGGGGCGCCGCUCCAGCUUCAGCGAUGUCAGUGAAGAUGGUUCGCCCACCAAGCAACGGUCUGGCGCAGCCCUGGAAAACAUUGUAGAGCAACCUCAAUCACCCGAGGAGGAAAAGCGAGCCGCCUACGAGAAGAAGAAGGCCAACUUCCUGACCCGUACCUUCUGGACCUUUGUCAUGUUCGCCGGCUUCUUCACUGCUCUCUUCAUGGGCCACAUCUACAUCAUCUGCAUCAUGACUGCUAUCCAGAUCAUCUCCUUCAAGGAGGUUAUUGCCAUCGCCAGCGUACCCAGCCGCGCCCGCCAGCUACGCUCCUCCAAGAGCCUCAACUGGUACUGGCUGGCAACUACCAUGUACUUUCUCUACGGCGAGAGCGUCAUCUACUACUUCAAGCACAUCGUCUUGGUUGACAAGGUUCUGCUGCCUUUGGCAACCCACCACCGCUUCAUUAGCUUCAUUCUGUACAUCUUUGGCUUCGUCUUCUUCGUCACCUCUCUCCAGAAUGGUCACUACAAGUUUCAAUUCACCCAGUUCGCAUGGACGCACAUGGCCCUGUACCUCAUUGUCGUCCAGGCUCACUUCAUCAUGAACAACGUCUUCGAGGGCAUGAUCUGGUUCUUCCUCCCAGCCGCCAUGGUUAUAACCAACGAUAUCUGGGCCUACCUUUGCGGCAUCACCUUUGGUCGCACCCAACUCAUCGCCCUCUCCCCCAAGAAGACUGUCGAGGGUUUUGUCGGCGCUUGGGCCUUCACCAUCUUGUUUGGCAUGCUUCUGACCAACGUCUUGAUGCGCUCCGACUUCUUCUUGUGCCCAGUCAACGAUCUCGGCGCGAACAUCUUUACCGGUCUUGAGUGUACUCGGAACCCCGUCUUCAUCCCCAAGACGUACAGCCUGCCUCCUCUGUUCUUCCUGCCACCCAACAUGCACCAGACCUUCUCCUUCACUGUGGCUCCAAUGCAGCUGCACACUUUGGUAUUGGCCACCUUUGCCUCUCUCAUCGCACCUUUUGGCGGUUUCUUCGCUUCUGGGCUCAAGCGCACUUUCAAGAUCAAGGACUUUGGCGACUCCAUUCCGGGACAUGGCGGUAUGACGGAUCGCAUGGAUUGCCAGUUCAUCAUGGGCUUCUUCACCUACAUGUACUACCAUUCCUUUAUUGCUCUUCACAAGGUCAAUCUCGGCAGCGUCAUGGAGAUGGCCGUCACUGGCUUGACUGUCGAGGAGCAGCUCGAGUUGGUGAGGGGCAUGGGUCGCUAUCUUAGCAACCAAGGUGUUUGGGGAGAUGAGAUUAUCCAGUGUCUGGACAAGGCGUUGCAGGCCAAGCGGUAGAUGUAUCGACAUGGCAUAUCGACAACUGCUGAACACGAGCGAAAUGCUGCUAUUUAAUGACGAACUAAUGCGACAUCCGGCACAUGUGCUGAGCAGAGCAAGGAAUCACCUCCCCCUCCCUUA